UCGAAAACGGGUUAUAGCUUACUGAUUUGGGAUAAUCAGAUUCAGAAUUUUCAGUUGAUACAUGUCAUCACGCUUACAGCAUUCUCUUGCUUCGUAUCGAAGACGACUCCCAAAUCAAAACUCGCUUCGCAUCCUUCGAUUCUGAGAUCAUCCGCUGCAAAUUAUACCUUUCAUCUCUCCAUUUCACAGAUUCGGUGUUGCAGACUUGCAGGUGUGAAAAUUUGAUUUGGAUUUGUCUGGAUUAGGUCAAGAUGGUUUCGUUCGAAAUGAAUGAUCGGAAAAAGAUUGGGCUAGGAUUGACGGGAUUCGGGGUGUUUUUCUCCUUCUUGGGGAUCAUUUUGUUCUUCGAUAAGGGACUAAUUGCCAUGGGAAAUAUCCUCUUCUUCUCAGGGGUGGCACUAACAAUUGGUCUCAAGUCAUCGUUGCAAUUUUUUAUGAAACGGAGCAACUAUAAGGGAACAGCUUCAUUUGGUGCUGGCUUUUUCUUUGUUGUCAUUGGUUGGCCUAUAUUGGGAAUGAUUCUUGAAGCUUAUGGAUUCAUUGUACUCUUCAGUGGUUUCUGGCCAACACUGUCAGUAUUCCUGCAAAAGAUACCUAUUCUAGGUUGGAUCUUCCAGCAGCCCUUUGUCAGAUCGUUCUUUGACCGCUAUCGCGGGAAACGUGUCCCUGUGUAAUCUCAGUUCAAUGGUGCAAAAUUAAGCGACAUUGAGUAACCCCACUUGUACGUCUGUAAAAACUGUGUUCUCAAGAUUUACGUCUAGUCGUCUAGAAGGGUGUUGGCAGUAUAGUUUGUUUGAAGUUUAUGAUAUGAGCCUUGUUGUGUUCUCCUGGUGAAUUUUUUUUUUAUUUUUUAACUAUAUCUUAGUUUCUAGAGCAACAUAAAUUUUUUCUGGUUGAGUUCUAUCAUUCCGAUUUUUUCUUCUCAAUUUAUUGAUUUACUACUACUAUUAGAAGUUGCAUUAUGCAAUCCAGAUUUAUGGAA